AUGGUGAAGGACGCAGUCGGGGAGUUGUUCAUGCUGUCGUCGUCGACGCUAGGGCCGCCGCCCGUGAGCUCGGCAUUCCUCACGGUAGCGGGCUGCCCAAGGGCCACUCGUCACGGCGGGUCAUGGAGCUCAUCUUUGCGUCUGGGUGGGGAGGCAGGGGCAGAGCCGUCGGUGGAGGCUUUGUUCCACGUCCAGAAGCACGUCGCGCUCGGUGGCGCGGUUCGAGGAGGCGAGGGUGGCAGCCCGCGCACACGGCGCCACGACGGUGUGUUCUUUGUUGGCGUUGCCACCUGCCCCUUCGGCGCGUUGGUCUCCGCCGUGCGCACGUUCGCCUACAACUAA